CUCUUAUCCAGCCUGUGCUUUCUAUGAGUAUCGGAACGUUUAGGUUAGAUUCUUGAGAAAAGGUAGUGCCGCAGGUGCUGUAGCUGCAGAAAUUUACUACUAUAAAGCAAAAGCGGGCUCGAGGAUCCAGCUACACUCAUACCCAGUCUUCUAACCUCCUAGCCUUUUAACCUUCCAGCCUUCUGACCUUCCAAUCCUCACAUAAAGCAUGCCUGGCUUACUACUCUCCUCUAUUCAGCGCUUUGACCUCUCCACGGGCAUCUCAGAGGCUGGAUGGCACGCUCUACUCUCUAAUGCUGCUCGUGCCAAUCUUGUUCUUCCCCAUGCAGAGAAAGUUUUUGGCCGUCAAAAAUUCACGCCCAAAAUCGAUGCUGCUGACCAGCUUUGGUUGGCAUAUUCGCAGCCUGGAACUUCCGAAAUAUCCCUCGUGCUUUCCUGCACAGAGGGACCGCUAGACAAAUACCCCCUGUUCAUCAUUCCCACAAUCCCCAUUGCUGAUUUUACCCCCGAGCUCAUUGAAAGCUCCACGGAGGCGCUAUGCAGCGCACUUCUGGACGAGCCUGGCUUCAGGAAGGAGCGAGUCUUUUCCAUUUUCUCCGUUGAGACCAUCGCAGAGGCCUUCGCUCUGACAUGGGAAAGACUCACAGGGAUUGGUCGCAUCGAGGAACCGUAUUACAGUGCAUUUUUCUCGGUGUGUACCGAAAGGACAUUGGUCCGCCAACAGCGGCCUCCUCGUCCAUCAGAGGAUGUAAUGCUCGACCCGCGGCUUGCUGUAGAACAGGACACUGAAGAUAUUGCUGUACUGUGCCACGAUUUUGCAGCAACUUCGCCCCCGUUCUGCCUCAGUAUGGAGAAAGCCCGCAAAGAAGCUAGGCUUUUGAUUGCAAAUAAAUCAGUUUGGGUCCUCGAGAUCAAAAGGGGCAAUGAAAAAACCGAAAUUGCCACUAUUGUUGCCGCGACGCGGAAGUCAGAAGGCAUUGCUACCAUCUCAAAGGUCUACACCCCAGAUAAAUGGAGGGGUAAAGGCUGUGCUGAGAAAUUAGUUCGACAUGCCUGCAGCGAGUUGCUGGAUAAGUAUAAGGAAAUCGUCUUAUACGUCGGUGUUGAUAACUCCGCCCGGAUAGUGUAUGGCCGCGUGGGUUUCCAGGGUCUUGAUGAUGAGUCUCCCUUGUCCGAGCGAUGGCUCGAGAUUGGUUUCGAUCAAGAUAAAGUCGAACUCGGUCAUUGGUAGAUUUUGAGCAUAUUUCUGGGUCGCUUUGGUUUCUCUGCUUUGCGUUGCUCUGCAUGGUCGUUCAUACGUCCCUCUAACAUCCCACUUCUUGUCUGUAGCAUUAUCAUUCUCUAUUGCUUGACUGUAUCAUAGCAUGUGUGCUUGUGUAUUUCUUCUUGAUCCCUUGUAUGAUUCGACUACACGUUGUACUUGUGUAUUUCUUCUUGGUCCUUUAGACUACCCGAUACCAAUAGAUGUAUAAUCAAUCCUCUCCUUGUCUGAGCCACCGAUCACCAAAGGCUUCGUCAUCAGGAUACGCUGCAUUCAGUUCUGGGCUCAACAGAAACCUUGCUCUCCCAUCAACUUGAGUCAAGUCCUCGAAGUACAUCCCUGCUCGUGGUGCGUCUGUAAAAAUUCUGUGAACAUGAGCUGGUUCUAGACAUGUCGCCCUAAUAUUAUCCUCUGCAACAUCUGUGGC